CAAAACACACAAUUGCUAUACACACAUUGGAUAUUGGAUAUGGGGCUCAGAAUUCCAAAGGCUUUGGCUCUUGUAGCCUUGUUGAACGUCAUAGCUUUGGCUUGUGUUUCAUCAGCAAAACCGGGUUGCUCUCCGAAGGUUCAGCCAUCGCCUGCUACCACACCGACAGCGAAGGCUAAGUGCCCAAAAGAUACACUCAAGUUAGGGGUUUGCGGUAGCUGGCUAGGGCUCAUAUCUGAGCAGAUCGGAGCGAAACCUAGCAAGAAAUGUUGUACUUUGUUGAAGGGAUUGGCCGAUCUCGAGGCUGCAUUGUGUUUGUGCACGGCGCUGAAGGCGAAUGUGUUGGGUGUUGUUACCGUUGAUGUGCCUAUUGCUCUUAGUUUGGUUGUAAAUUCAUGUGGGAAAAGUAUUCCACAAGGCUUUGUUUGUCCUUAGUCAGAGACUGAAGUUGUUUUUGUUUGCUUCACAAGUGUUUGUUGUUUGAUGGUUGUGUUUUCUUUGAUUAAAUAAAAGUGAGUGUGAACUUUCAUGUGCUAAAUAU